CAUCAUUAGAUACCGGCACAGUACUGGAUUAGGAGUAGAAAAGAUUCAUGGAUCAACUAUCAGACAACCUUUGGGUGGCAUUUCAGUUAAAACUGAUGGUUCUGAAGAUGACAUAAUUUUUGAUUAUGAUAGUCUUAUGGCAAAUAAAGAAAAUGAUGAGCUAAUUGAAGAUAAGGAAUUUCAAGAGGAGGAUUAUAAUAAUUGA